AUGUAUUAUCGUGUAAUAUUCUGUAUAAUUGGUAUAGGAAGAAGAAAUUCUCACCCUGAUGCAGUCGUUAAUAUGAUGAUGGCUGGUGCAAAUAUAGUUCGUUUGAAUAUGUCUCAUGAAACGGAGAAAUGGCAUGCAAUCACUGUACAAUCUAUUAGAGAAGCGGGAAAUAAGAUGUAUGAAUUCACGAGCGAGGUUUAUCCAUUAGGAGUUGCAAUGAAUCUCCGAGGUCCCGAGAUAAGAACUGGUUCAUUCCAUAGUGAUGAGACGAGUAUAGGUUACGCUAAAUUAAAGGAAGGUAACAUGGCAAAAUUGGUAACAGACGAUAUGACAAAACGUGCAGGGAAUGCCAAAUGUUUCUGGAUUUCUUACCGUGACUUACCUCGUGUAUGUCGACCUGGGGAUAGAAUACUAAUCGACCGAGGCGCUGCGUUAUUACAAGUCGCUUGUAUUCACGAGAAAGCUGUAACCUGUAAAGUUAUCAAAGGUGGAAUAGUAAGAGAUGACAAAUUGGUUCAAUUACUAGAUUCGGUAAUUUCACUACCACAAAUAUCGGAAAAGGACACUAAACAUCUCAAAUUGGCUUCGAUUUUGGAAUGUGAUUUUCUUAUAAUGAAUCACACCCGUAACGAGAAGAUGAUCUACGGUAUUAAAAGUCGCUUGAAACAUAUUGGUGUUAGUCGAAUUUGUGUCAUGGCGAAAAUUUCAACGCAGCAAGGUAUAGAAAAUUUUGACGAGAUUUUGAAUUCUGCUGAUGGCAUUCUACUUGACAGAAAGAGCGUUGAAGUAGACGUAGGAAGUGAAAAGCUGUUUUUAGUCGAGAAAGUAGUAAUUGCGAAGUGUAUUAAGAUGGGAAAACCAAUCGUACUUGGAUUUCAAGUAUGCAACAAUGAAACUCCAGAUAUUGAUAUGAACUUAAUUGCGAAUGCUGUUUUAAACGGAGUUGACGCGAUUUUCCUUAAAACUGGAAGUUUAAAUAUGAAAGAAAGUACUCAAUUAUUAAAAGACGUUGAUAGAGUAUGCAGAGAAGCUGAAAGCGCUCGAUGGCAAAAGGAAAUUUUUGACGAAUUAAGCCAUAAGGUCCCAAUACCUUUAGACCCCUUACACGCGAUCAUCGUUGGUGCAGUAGAGACAUCUUUAAAAUCAAGCGCAGCUGCGAUUAUCGUAACUACCACUACUGGACGUAGCGCUGCUUUGUUAUCCAUGUAUCGCCCUAGAUGCCCGAUUCUUGCAGUUACUCGUUAUGGAGUAGUCGCAAGAUGGUUGCAAUUAUAUUGUGGUAUUCACCCCCUUCAUUACAGAGUGGAUGCUGUGUCUGAUUGGGCCCGAGACAUACAAGCACGAAUACAAUCCGGUAUUAAUUCUUUUCGAAGAAAAGGAUACAUCAGGGUUGGUGAUCCAGUCGUGGUGGUUAGUGGAUGGCGUCAAGGAAUUGGCUUCACAAAUUGCGUGCGCAUAAUUUACGUAUCACCUGGACACGUAGAGAACCAAAUCGAGGAUUUCGAGCCUUGCUGGUGA